AUGGCAUGGGAAGAUAUACCACAAUGGCUGGAAGAUGUCUCACGGCUUGAAAAUGUUCAAUGGUCAGGGACGUUGGAAUCUACAGAUGUCCACAACGAAGUCGAUGUGCUUCUAGGAUUGAGGGACAUGGAUACUCCGCCUGGUACGCCUGGUACGCCUGGUACUUACACUCGGUCCGAGGGCACUUUAGAAGGUGACGAGCAAUCUAUCCUCAAACAGGACUUGGCUGAGGUGGAUGAUACAGAAAUUGUUGAUUCAUUUGGAGAGAUGUCGGAAGCGAUUCUCUUCCUGGCGCGUGGAGGUCUUCCUGAUGCUUUUGAAAUGAUCGACGAAGAUGCACGAGAAAGUCGUAUCUUUGGAGAAUAGUAAGAUCGAAGAGAUGCAUCUGCACUUAAGGGG